AUGGACCGCAUCUACAGGUACCCCUCUACACCCCAGCUAAAUAUCCCAGAAGUAUACCUGCAGGCACUCCUCGAGAUAUGUACGAAGAAGGCACCUUUUUCCACCUAUAAAGGCCAGAUGUUCCGGCAAAAAGACGGAGUCGCGAUGGGUUUCCCUCUCGGUGUCCUAUUUGCCAACUUUUAUAUGGGUACUAUGGAAGAGAGAGUUUUCUCCAAUAUUAGAAAACCCCGCAAAAAUGCAAGAUAUAUUGACGAUAUCUUUGUACAAGUCGAGAAUGAGGAAGAGGUUGAAGCUGUCCGGCGCAUGUUCCAGCAGUGCAGUUCGCUAAAUUAUACCGUCAAAUUCAGUAACGAAGGCCAGCUCCCCUUUCUCGACGUCCUUGUCUCCAAGACCGAUGAUGGUCUAAAAACUUUGGUAUAUACAAAGAAAACAAACAUAGGACUUUGCCUGAAUGGUGACAGCGAAUGUCAUGCACAGUUCAAGAACACCAUAGUCAGGGCCUACAUUCGGAGGGCCCUCACGCACUGUUCUUCCUGGCAGGACACCCACAAAGAACUCGACCGAGUCACUCAGGUGCUCGUUAAUAAUGGGUAUCUGAAUCCACUUAAUAAUAAAGAAGUCCGAACAGCGCUGGAUCGGUGGUACAGCGGGAGUGAGAGACUGCAGCCCCACCCCCGUGAGAAAAUCAAGCUGUUUUACAAAGCCAGAAUGCACGCACGUCACCUUGAGGAUGAGGAUGCAUUAAGAAAAAUCAUCAGAGAGAAUGUGACCCCCACCAAAGUUGACAAAGAACUCGAAUCUACCAAUUCUUAUGCCCUCCCGUCCAUGGAUGUCCCGGCUCUUACGUUGAUAUGA